CGGUGAGCAGGUGCUCGAUUAUAUGAAAGUGGACAACUCUUGGCCAUGAUGAGGGCGUCCCCGACCUCUCGGAUUGUUUUCGUAGUAGUUCUUGCAGCACUGUUCGUUAGGCUCCCCGUUCUGUUCCUUUUGGAGCUGCUUCAGGAUGCUCUAGAGGUAUGACUCCAGCCAACAAGCCAUGUGGCGAGUCACAUGAUUCGCAAAAGGCCCUAAAAAGUGGAAACCUAUAUCAAAAUUUUAUGAAAACCAAAUAAAGUCGUUGAAGAAAUUAGUUUGCAUUUCUUGGCAUCACAGACACAGAUGAAGAAGAAGAUGAGCACGCUGAGGGUGGGGACGGAUGAGGGAUCAAGAGUAUCGUUGUCCGCUUUCAUACAACUCUGGUUCAUCUACCGAUGUCGAGGAGGGCUGCGGAUACCUGUAGUCCUCGUCUGGUUGAAAGUACCACAAAGCAUUUCCAUUUCUUGUUUUUACAAGAACUGCACAUCAUUCAAACAAAUUUUAAAAUUCAAACUAAAGACAAAAGGCAUUGUGUUGUGCGUCGUUUAUUGCCGUGCAUCAUCUACGCCCUUGAGCAGGAGGUGCUCUACAAUUUCAAUUUACCGCUAGCUUCGACAUCGACUUCCUGCACAAAUCAUUUUCAACGAAGCCUGGUCUUGUCGUACGUAAGUCGAAAAUGUAUCCAACUCCACAUUCACUAG